GUCUCGCUCCUUUUUGGAAAUGUUGCUCCGGUCCAUUCGUAGAAACCUUGCCGCCGCCGCACGUCACUUCUCGGGGCAAGCAGCGGCAACGGUGUCGGAGAGGCCCGUUAAUAGCGGACGAGAAGUCACGAGAAAAGGUGGUGGAGGAGACACGCUGGGAAGGAGAUUAUUUAGUCUUGCGUACGCGAAACGUAGUGCCGUAAUUGCUAUACAGAAAUGGAAAUCGGAGGGACACUCUGUGCAGAAGUAUCAGCUUAAUCGUAUUGUUAGAGAGCUCCGAAAGCUAAAGCGGUACAAGCAUGCCCUCGAGGUUUGUGAAUGGAUGACACAAGAGCGAGAAAUUAAGCUCUUGCCAGGUGACUAUGCAGUGCACUUGGACCUGAUUGCUAAGGUACGUGGUCUAAACAGUGCAGAAAAGUUUUUUGAGGAUUUGCCUGAUGAAAUGAGAGGAUGGCACACCUGCACAGCUCUUCUUCAUACUUAUGUUCAGUUUAAGUUGCUUUCUAAAGCUGAGGCUUUGAUGGAGAAAAUGGCCGAAUGUGGUUUCAUGAAGAAUCCCCUUCCUUAUAAUCACAUGCUAACUCUGUAUGUUGCAAAUGAACAGUUUGAGAAGAUUCCAGGAAUCAUUAAGGAAUUAAAGAAAAACACUUCCCCUGAUGUUGUUACUUACAAUCUGUGGCUAAGGGUAUGUGCCUCACAGAAUGAUAUAAAAACGGCAAAGGAGGUUCUUUUAGAACUGAAGAAGGCAAAAAUAGAUCCAGACUGGAUAACAUAUAGUACAUUGUCCAACUUAUACAUAAAAAACGAACUUUUGGAAGAUGCAGCAUCUACUUUGAAGGAGAUGGAGAAAAGGGCCUGGAGGAAAAAUCGACUCGCUUAUUCUUCCCUUCUCAGUUUGCAUACAAGCAUGGGAAAUAAGGAUGGGUUGCAUCGAAUCUGGAAUAAGAUGAAAUCACUGUUUCGCAAAAUGAAUGAUGCUGAAUAUAUUUGUAUGAUUUCUUCACUUGUGAAACUUGAGGAGAUUGAAAAAGCAGAGAAGCUUUACUCCGAGUGGGAGUCAGUUUCUGGAACAUGUGAUCCUCAGGUCUCAAACAUACUUCUAGCUGCUUAUAUCAAUAGAAACCGAAUGGAAGAAGCUGAAAAAUUUCAGCAACGCAUGGUGCAGAAGGGCAUUCGACCUUGUUACACUACUUGGGAGCUUCUUACAUGGGGUCAUUUGAAAGAUAAGCAGAUGGAAAAUGUUUUAGAUUAUUUUAAGAAAGCCAUUAGUAGUGUUAAAAAAUGGAGUCUGGACAAAAGGUUGGUUGGAGAAAUAUUUAAGAAUCUUGAGGAGAGAGGAGAUGUUGAAGGAGCAGAGGAAUUUCUGGUCAUGCUUCGGAAUGCUGGCCAUGUGAGUACAGAGAUAUAUAAUUCUCUUCUACGAACUUAUGCUAAAGCAGGUGUAAUGCCCCUAAUAAUAGCAGAGCGUAUGGGGAAAGAUAAUGUUGAGUUAAACGAAGAAACACAUAGGCUGAUCCAAACUACAAGCAACAUGUGUGUGAGUGAAGUCUCAAGCUUUGUGUCGUAGUGAAAACAUAAAAUUUUUACCUCGUCAGCUACCUGGAGUUAUUAGGAGGUUUUGUGUGGUAAAAUCUUUGUUCAAUUUAAUUAAUUUUGUUGUCAAUGGAUGACAAUUCAAGAAGUUAAUGACAAAUACGCAUGAUGUUAUUGUUUAUGCACUUGAA